AUGUUCAUUCACGGUCAUACCUACGUAAGUGCCUAAGUAAUCUCGUCUUGAGCGGUCAGAAGUUGAGUAGCUGAAGAGUUGCUUUUCUAGUUCCUAUGAGAUGAAGGUUUCGAAGGUGACCCCAAGGAUUCUGAAACAUAUUCGUGGCCUGUAGGUCGUAUUUAAGCCGAAAAAAUAGUUGACAGCAACGGAAUAAUCAGCGGCGAUCUAGAGUGUGCAAUGCUAAAACUGCAGUGUGAAGUAUGUUGGUGAAGCGGGCAGACGUCUUUACACAAGUCUGCAUGAGGGCCAGCUCGCAGUUGGCCGCAAGAAUAAACUUCCACUGGUAUAUGCCCAUAUCCAACGGGAGACGCGCGGUUUCGCCUUUGUAGAGGAAAGCGGCAUCGGCCGAACCAAUGAGGAAAUGUGCAGACUCGUGUCCGAAUGUUGGUCCUCAACUGGUACACUCAACCGAGCUACAGACCUUCAUCGUGUCUACCAUGGCAUGACUAUAACACGAGUCAGGUGCAAAGCUAAAUAAGUCCAGGAUAUCUGAAGCAGACACUACAGUAGUCCGAUAAUGAAAAUGAGAAAGUCACCGACAAGUACAAUAUCGUCCAUGAAGUCGCCAGUUCUUCUUCGUCGCCUUUUAAAGGGGAUGAUGUAGGUCACCUAUUUUUAUGGAAGGACUAUGAGAACGAUAAGGCAUACUGGAAUGGCCAUUGCUGGCUCUUUAGUCAUCAUCAACCAGACACAUCCAAUUCCAGGUUUGCAAAUCCUGAAGCCCAAGUUCGCGUUCCGCUGGUUAGUAGCCCAACGCCCUAACAACUGACUUAGGGGCUUGUUCUGCUCUCGGCAGUGUUGGGGUCUACCGGUAGAGAACCGGAAGUUGAUGUAAUCAUCGAGUUUCGCGGUCUCCUAGUCAACUGUCAUACAUGACUGAUUAGGACACCCUGAGGUUUUGACGCUCCUAGCAUACUUUCCUCCCCUACAAUAAAGAAAACUGCAUCAGCAUACUCCAACCAUUGGCAUCAUUUAAAAGUCCAAACAAUCGUAUCGCUGCAUUUCAGCCGUUGCACUUCAACGAUAGGCCUCCUGGGACACCAUCUAUCCCCAGGCCUGCAUUCCACAAUGGAGGCUGAGUGAGCAUUACUACUAACGCAACGAGAACAUUGAUUAAAAUGACGGAAUUGCAUCUCCAAAUCUGGGCCUGGAGGCUUGCGUGAAGCAAACAACAGUAGAAUGGAAUUCGAAUGAGUACUUCUUUAAAGAAGGGAGUGCUACUUGAGUCCGCGAAAGUUUUAGCAGUUCAUAUAUCGCACCCAUUAUAUGAACAUCCACGGAUUCGGUAUUGGCAUCUUUUAUAUAAAACAGCGAUUCGUAGGCAGAACAGCGAAAACAGAAUCCUUAAGUGGAAACUUGGACGAUUUCAGAGGUUUCCGAGAAUCUGAGCUUUUCAAGAGAAAGCAACCGCCCCCGAAUACGUAGGGCGGAUCAGAACGAGUUGAUGUUAAGAGGAAAGUCAAUGUAUAGCAGGCUGUGAUGAGACAGUACGAACACUGGAAAUUAUCGGUUACUCGACGCUGGCAGAUUAUGACAUGAGAAUGAAAUUCAUGAAGAAAGACGAGCACACCCCUCAGGAUGUGGCAUAUGAGCUAUGAUCCCGGAAAUCUUUGUUUGGAUGCAGGUACGGCAUUGCAGCAAUCGACUCAGAGGUGCCACAAGAGACGUGUCCCGUGAUGUCUGUUGACAGGGGCACUAAGGGGGCGAGGCUCCCACAUUUUAACGGGCAACCAGAAUCUCGCUGGGAGUGUCCCGCGUGUGAACCGAAAGCCACCUGGUAACUGUUCCACAUAAAAUGCGGACUAUUUGUCGAACAGUCAAGUUGCGUCUCCUAUGGUAGCCACAAUCCUAAAUAUCUCAUUUGUACAUUUGCCAUGUGCACUUCACGAAGUCAUGGAGAAGGCCGCACGGAACAGAUGCAGAAGUACAGUAGAUGUGCUACUUUAUAAAAUGUUGACCGAAAAUCCGAAUUAUGUUUUCGAUUUGGAAAGAUGAGCUAGAUGGGGCCGUAGCAUUUAUGGUCACGCGGCAGAAUCUCAAGAAAUAUCAGUCAUGCCAGGAUGCCGGCCUUAAACGAGGUUCAUUCGGGUUGUUUGCAAAAAGUACACUCUGUGAACUAUAAUUACUUACAUGUUCCAAAACGUUGUUUCUUUCACUCUCGUUUGGUAGAAAGUUACAUAUACUUCAAACUCUAUACUCGACGAACAUAUUUCGGUUUUAGAAAAUUCUCCAGUUUCCGAAUCAUUUUAAAUUCGACCUGCUAUCACACUAACGCUCAGGCCUUCCAAACUACAAGAUGUGUAUUUUCCGUGCUAGGAAAACUAUGCAUUUCUAUACGCCACUGAGAAGAAGACGUGUGGCUUUCAUAAAACUUUGCAGUGCAUUAAUUUUUUACUCUAUAAUUCACAGGCAGCAUUAGUUAACAUAGAGAUGCGGUGCUUUAUGAAGGAAAUUUCGCGGUCUUAAAAUCUCACAAUAAUACAGUUUUGUUAAAACCUGGUGGUACUGUCUUUUAAGUACAAAAUUGUACGAAUAAAUAAUUCGCAGACAAAUGAGAAAAAUGACACAUUUUGUGCGUGUUUUCUGUGAGGCGCAUUUAAGUGUACAAGGACAUGGAAAACCAAUUGGAAUAAUCCAUACUACUAAACGUGUCAUUUUUUGCUGAGUAUCCUAUCCCUUCGAAACGAAAACACGCCUCAGAAAUACGGUUAACAUUUAAUGGGGUAGCAGAGCCUUCUAUGAAAAGCUGAUAAGGGGAGAGUGUUUAAAGGUGGUGGAGGUAGGUGGAUAAAUAUUGAGGAAGAAUUACGAAUGUUAUAUGGAACGAAUAACUGGUGCAGGGAUUGAAAUCCGACGAAGGUUUGAAAUGUUGGCAGAGGCCUGAAAUGCAGCGCCAUCUAGUAAUUUCCUUCUCACUUGUCUAAGAUUCUCGUACUAAUAUCGAUUCCAGUAGUUGGGUUUCUGUUUAGUGUUAGGGUUACGGUUAAGGUCAGGGAUUAGGAUUACAGUUAAGGGUUCAGAGGUAAGUGUAAGGGUUAGCAUUUGGGGUUUAGGGAUGUAGGGUUCAAUGUUAGGGUUAGUAUUUGAGGACUAAGAUGGGGGAUCAAGAGUUAGCUUAGGGUUAGGAUUUAGAGUUAUUAUUUAGGAUUAGGUUUAGGAUUAAUAUUCAGGGCCAGGCUUAGGGUUCUCCAUUUUACCAGUGUGGUCGUAGUUCGGGUAUCUGCCAAAAUUAUAUAUAUCUGCAAUCGGAGACGGAAGUCGGCUUUGAGCUAGGGCUCACAGAAAUUUAAAGCUGUUCAGAUAGUUUCUGAUUGAAGAGGAAGUAUACGGAUGCGUCUAAUACAACUGACCUCAUGUAAAGUACAUUUGCAAUGUUAGAACGACUAAAUUCGCUCUCUAAAUCGGCGAACGUCACAAUCAGGAAAUGUUACCUCAGGCAUUUUUGAUUGCUGUAGCACGAAGUAAAGCCGCCGAAUAGCAGGUUCGUCCACUUAGUUCUGCAUCAACUAAAUCCCCUCCUCGAAGGUUCACGCCCGUUCCAGGAAACGAAACCGCAUGGAUAUGCAAAGCUGACUUUCAAUGCUAAGAAAAACGUGCUGUUGUCCAAAAUAACUACUUGAGUAGCAUUAAUUUUUGAAUCGGUUUUCCACACCCUUAUACAUACGAGUAUAUUUUAUAGAAAAAAUGUACAAAAAUAUUCUUCCUACUACUCAUUUGGCAGAAAGUUACGAAUUCUUUAGAUUUGAUAUUUGAAGAAAUAGUAUCUUUCAGUUUUAAAAAACCCUCCAGUCCACGAAUGAUUUUGAAACCGACCCGUCGGCUCCCUCGCAUUCAGGGAUUCUAAACUACAAAAUCUGUAUUUUCUGUGUUUGGAAAAUCAUGUAUUUUUAUGGGUUACUAAGAAGAAGCCGUCCGACAUUCAUAAAAGCUUGUAGAGGAUUUGAUUCAUAAGCAGCACUAGCAGACGAAGAAAUACGACGGCUUUUGAAAGGACAUUUUGGGAUCUUAAAAAAUCUCAGAAUUAAAAAACUUAAAUCAACCUGGUGAUACUCCUUUCUAAGCAUAGAAUUUGAGGACGUAAUUCUCCACUAUAUGAGCAAAAGAAAAAUCAAUUUUGGGUGGGUUUUCCGGGAGACAUAUUGGAAUUUAUGAGGACAGCGAUAAUUCAUUGGAAAAAUCUUUGCUACUCAACCAGUCAUUCUUCCCGAGUAUAGUUUAUCCAGACGAGACCAACGAAGCUCUGUCAAAAACUGGCAUGCUUAUAUGACUGAAAUAUUUAGAGGUGGCGGAAAUGAACAGAUGACUAUUAAGGAAAAAUUACGAAUGCCAUGUGGAACAACUAACGGGUGCAGUGGUUGAAAUCCUUCAAAAUAUUUUUAAUCCGGAAUAGCAGACUAAAGUCGGCUCUCAGCUGAGGGACUCACAUAAAUUUAAAGUUAUUCAGAUAGUUAUGAUUGAGGGGGAAGAAUAAGGAUACGUCUAAUAGAAGUGACUUCUUGUAAAAUACAUUUAUAUCGUUAGAACGACUAAAUUCGCUCUCUAAACCGGCGAACGCCACAACCAAGUAAUUUUACCUCAGACAUUUCUGAUCACUUCAGCAUGAAGUAAAAACCGCCGAAUAUCAGGCCUGUCCACUUAAUUCUGCAGCAACUGAAUUCCCUCCUCUAAGGCUCACACUACUUCUAUUCCGUAACACGUGAUCACCACCUGAUGCAACAGCCGCCGGUGGGCAUCCGCGUCCUUGGUCGGGUUCAAGGUCGCACGAAGCCAAUCGAUACAACAUAAUCCUUGAACUGCGUCACAAAGCAACUCGACGAGCUACGAGAUGCUCAGUCCAACGAGAAUGUUACGUCGUUACAUUAAAUGGUGGAAUAAUGUUCCAGAUGUAGCUGGAUCAUCAACUUUACCGUAUGAACAAGGCAUAUUUACUCAGGAUGUAGGCGGACCGCCAUACGCGGAUAGCAGUAAGUCCAUUCCUCGCUCGUAUCAUUCAAGAUUCAUUCUUCCAUCAUCUCAUCGUCUACAACACUUACGCCACAAUUUGAAUGCGUAUAAAUAAAGUAGUUUGAGAAAUUAUGAAUAAGGCAUAUGCAUCGCAAAAGGUAUUUAUGAAUGCAUGACCUAGCUUACAUCGGCCGAUCCGUUAAACCUACUUUAUGAAUUUUAGCCAUCUAAGUGUCACAUAUCCAAUAUGUAUGGCCGCGGAUGAGGGACGACAUGGAGCAAAGUGUAGCAUUGCUUUAGAUUGUUGAUGUAAGCUUUCAUGCAUUCAGUUUAAAUCAGGACUUUCUCCCUAUAAGUAGAUCAGAUUUAACGUAAUGAAUUUUCUUCAACUUCUCUUCUAGUUCCUAGUGCAUCACAAUACAAUAGGUACGAAUGGCCAAAUUGCGCAACUCCCGUCAGCACACUUAGCGUAGCAUCCUCGUCUACAGAUCCCUUGACAUUUAAGGACAAUAGAAACGCGGACAGUAAGGAGGAAUCUAGCAUUGAACAGGACAUAAGCUUUAACUCUAAUACAUCCAUAUGGACAACUGGCACCGAGCACACAGCUGUCCGAUGGAGAUCAGCUCCCUCUAGAUUAGGUGAGAAAAUCUCCGGGGCAACAAGUUUGGGAUAUGUCAGUCGCUUGAGCCUCACAAGUGAAGAAGACCUUCGCACUCUGGAAGUUAAUUCAUCUCCCAUAACGCAACCAUCAAAUCCCGCACACCAGAAGGCGUCGGAAGGUGGAGUGGAUAGUGUAUCAGCGGCCGGUUCAAGCAGCUCCAUUUCAUCAAUAUCGUCUUCAUCCUCAACCCCCACGCUUGAUUCUCCACAGAGGGACCCGAGACCCCCAACGCUAGCAUUUAGUGCAUCGAAUCCCCGUCCGACUCCACAUCCGCGAUCUCGCAGGUUGGCUCUGGGACAAUCCCAACCAGCAGCCAUGUCGCCGCUGUCACCUCCUCCACAGCCGCAGCCACCACCACCACCACCGCUGUCGUUGUUGGCACCAAUGCGAUCAAGGAAAUCGCCACUCUCACAUUCUCCACCACCUCAUCCGUUCACGGCGCCGAUUUCGCCGUCACCAGCUCUACCACCAACGUUCCCCUGUCUGCUGGACUUGGAGUUGUGCAGACCAGUGACGUCACCACAACGGCCCUGCCCACGGCCGCGACACUCGGCCACCCUGACACUCUCAACGCCAACGAAUCCGCCACCGCCAAGGUCGUUGUCCGCACUGCCACACCCGCCACCACUUCCACCACCACCGCCACCAGGAUGGUUGACAUUGAAACGGGUGGAGACAGUAGCGACUGCAGAGGAGUACACGCCUCCGUCUCCGAAGCCGUCCCCUGCCCCCUCCCCGACUCCGUCUCAGCUCCUAAAUGCACUGAUUGCGUGGCCGUCACCGUCGCCGUCGUCGCCGAAACCCUCAACUCCAUUGACACCACCGCCCGAACCCUUGUCGACGCUGACCCCUUCCCCACAACUUUCUCUUCCACAGUCUCAAAUCCCAGAAGUGUUGAAGGGGUUGAGUCCAUUGCCAUUAUCAACCCAACCCUCCUCAUCACCAGAACUGUUGAAAACGACUACCUCGUCUCCACCAGCAUCAUCCUCAUCACCCUCCCAGCUGCUGGUGCCGUUGAAGACGUUGACGCGACCGCCGCCGCCGCCGCCACCGCCGACGACGACGUCGACGCCGCCCUCAUCGCCGCCACCACCCCUAUUCAUUUCGCGUCUCUCGCCUGCUGA